GGGUUCAAGCCCCAACACAUUUUUUUUUUAAUUAUCUCAGUAGUCAGUUGUAAACUGUUCGCACGAUUUAAGAUACUAAAAUCUUCUUUCUUUUGUAGCACGAUUUAAGAUAGUACUAUCUUUGUAGUCACGGACACGAUAAAUAAGCGCUGGAUUUUAAACACUACUAUUGUAACAAUUUAUUGGUUCUCAACAUUGUACCGUUACGUUGGCCGUUACGUACUUACGUGUUUAAAACUUUAAAAUGGUAUUCACAGUGAUUUGACAAAUGAGUGAAUGACAAGACGUACAACCACCUGAACCGAUAUCGAAAGAAUUACAAACUUUUCUCACAACAAUAUUAUUAUUUAUAUAAGUGAAAUUGUUGCUGAACAGUGAACCUUAAUCAACAAUUAUUGAAGAAUCCAUAUAAAUAACUGUAGUACGUUAAAAUGCUCCAAAGCAUAAAUAAUCACAGAUCACAAGAGAAUUGUACUACUCCAAAAAAAAAUAAUGGGCAUUACCAAUCGAAAAAAAUAAAUUAUAAAGAUAUUUUAAAUGAUUUAAGUUUGCCAGAAGUAAAAAAAGCUGGCACAAUUUUGGAUGGUUGUAAAAUUUAUUUUAGUGGAUUUAAUUCAAGCGAAGAAGAAAAAUUAAAACGAAUAGUAAUCUCUACUGGUGGAAUUCGAUACACGGAGCUAAAUGAGUCUAUAACCCAUAUUUUAGUUGGUGAAUUUUCAGCAUCACUUGCAAAAUUAUUACACUCUAUUCAAGAAAAACCUCAUGUUGUGAAUUUUAAUUGGUUACUUGAAAGUAUAAAUUUGAAAUGUGCUGCUCCAGAAGAACAGUUUCUAGCAAUGGAUACAUCUCAUUCAUUUACACCAGAAUCUCCAUCUCCUCUUAGCAAAAAAGGAUUGUAUAUGAUGAAAAAUUCUACACUCUCUCAACCGAAAGUAGUAGAUAAACCUAAACUACAAACUUCAAAUGUAACCAGUAAUCCACCAAUGGAUAAUUUUAUCGAUCAAUAUUUGAAUGUUGAAAAUGCCAAUUUUAAUGAUACACUUAGUGAAAAAUCCUCUUGUACAACACAAGAUACAAUGUCCACUCAAGAUAGUAAACUUGGAUCUGUAUUAGGAGGGUUAACUAUUCUUCUCCAUGGUUUGGACGCUCAUCAAUUGCCAUCCAUAAAAAGUAAAAUAAUAUCAAUGGGUGGUGUGGCAGUUAAUACACGUAGUUAUCGAGGACAAAUUAAUUAUGUUGUUGUUCCUAUUGUAUUCAAUGAGAAAUCAUUAAGUAUUAAAGCCACCAUAGUUAGCUGUCUUUGGAUAGAAGACUGUUAUAAUAAUGUUGAACAAAUUCCUGUAGAAUAUUAUCAUAAACCUGUAAUUUUUAGUGGUUCUAUGCCUCUAAAAAACUGUGUAAUUAGCAUUACCAAUUAUACUGGAUCUGAACGAUAUUUCUUAAAAGAAGUUUCACUACUUCUUGGAGCGAAUUUUCAAGAUGCAUUGUCAAGAAAAUCAAAACCAGAAGAUAACAUUAUGAUAACAACUCAUCUCAUUUGUUCUACUCCAGAAGGACCCAAAUAUGAAGCCUCAGUUAAAUGGGGUGUACCGGUUGUAUCUAAAGAAUGGCUACUUAAAUGUAUUCCAUGCAAAUGCCGUUUACCAGAAGAUAAAUUUCCAAUUGUUUCCAACGCAAUACCGCUUAAAGACACUGAAGAUGGUAUUGAACCACCACUAAAAAAGAAAUGUUCAGUGGAAAUCAUGAUUCCUACCUCUCAAGUUUUAGGUUUACCUUCCAACAAAAAUGAUAUAGAAAUAGCGCUUUUGAAAUCAAGUUGUUCUACUCCAGUUGCUUCAAAUAGUUUCAUCGAAAAUUUAAAAACACCAGAAACUCCAUAUGGACAAAUACUUUAUUAUGAUCCUGUUACACCAGAAACAAAAAAGGAAUGGAAAAAAAGUAUAGAUGUUUUUCCAGAUGGUCUCGAUGAACAAUCACAACUUAAGUUAACGAACCAAAAUAGUACUGACACAAAUGAAAUAAGUUCAACAAAUGCUAAUUCAAAUGAUACAUUGAAAAGUCCAAGUUUAUCAUACCGUUCUCCAGGCGUGGCUAACAGCAGCUUGCAUAACACAUCUCAAAUAUCAAAAGCUCAAAAUAAUAAAUCUAAUACUGUAUCACCAAAUACUGAUACUAAGCUGCAAUCUUUAGAUAAACAAGAAUUUAGGAGAACAAUCAAACAACUCCAACAAAAUGUAUGUACAUCAAGAGAACCAGAAAUUCUUUUUUCCAGAACAGAGUCUGAAAGUCAAGAUGAUUAUGCAAGUAGGGAUUAGUUUUUUAAAUAAGUUUCUAUACAGUUAUUAGAGUAAAAAAUAAAAUUA